UCAGAUUGUUUGGCUGUUCCCUGCUGUGGAUGAGCUGAGAAUGGGGUGAAGAGAGCAUCAAACAGAGCUUUUGGUUGGAUAUGAGAAGAUAAUCUGCAUGGAUGGGUUUCACCAGCACUUCUUGAUUCAGAUUGCAGAAGUCUGCUGCCCGCCGUGAUGGAGCAUCUUCAAGGGUCCUGGAAAAACAUCAGUCAUGGGUUUGGAUGCAAAGACUCUGUGUUUGAAGAUUCCUGCAUGUCUCCCACCAUUCUCAAGAACUUCCCGUACCGGAGAUUAUCCGACGGCAGAAUCCCAGACCCGAAAACUAGCAGCACGAUCCGCGUCUACCUGCCCAACAAGCAGCGGACUGUGGUGAAUGUGCGAGCGGGUAUGACGCUGCGCAACUGCCUCAUCAAAGCCCUGAAGGUCCGAGGGCUUCAGCCAGAAUGCUGCGCGGUUUUCAAGCUCCAUCGAGAACAUUCAUUUAAGAAGUUGCAUAUGGAUUGGAGCACUGACUCUAGCUCGCUGGUCGGAGAGGAGCUGCUGGUGGAAGUCUUAGAUCACGUACCCCUGACUACGCACAAUUUUGUACAGAAAACGUUCUUGAAGUUGGCCUUUUGUGACAUCUGUCAGAAGUUUCUUUUGCACGGCUUCAGAUGUCAGACGUGCGGCUACAAGUUUCACGAGCACUGCAGCACCAAAGUGCCCACGAUGUGUGUGGACUGGAGCAACAUCCGCCAGCUCCUGCUGUUCCCCACUCCUGGAGAGAACGGGACUCCGUCGCUGCCUCCUCGCUCAUCCCGGCGCAUGCACAACUCUAAAUUCUCCUUCAGUCCCUAUCACAGAUACUCCACGCCAAACGCUUUAAGCUACAUCAGCCCCAUGCCGUGCGCUGGCGUGUCUCUCAGUCGUAAAGUGCUGUCCACCUCCACUCCUAACGUGCACAUGGUGAGCACGCUCCACGAGACUGCUGCGUUUCAGGAAGCCUUGGGGCGAGACGAGUCAGGGAGCCCGACGGACUGCUCCAGAACCCCGGCUCCGGCGCACAGGGAGAAAGCACCUUCGAACAACACUCAGGAGAAACGCCUCCGUCCCAGAGAGAAGAGAGAUUCCAGCUAUUACUGGGAGAUCGAGGCCACGGAGGUGCUUCUGCUCUCCAGGAUCGGCUCUGGGUCUUUUGGCACGGUUUACAAAGGGAAGUGGCACGGCGAUGUUGCUGUGAAGAUUUUAAAGGUCACCAAUCCCACACCAGAGCAGCUACAGGCCUUUCGCAAUGAAGUGGCUGUUCUCAGGAAGACCAGGCACGUCAAUAUCGUUCUGUUUAUGGGAUACAUGACCAGGGCAAACUUGGCCAUUGUGACGCAGUGGUGUGAAGGAAGCAGCCUCUACAAACAUCUGCAUGUGCAGGAGACCAGCUUCCAGAUGCUCCAGCUGAUGGACAUCGCCAGACAGACGGCGCAGGGCAUGGAUUACCUACAUGCAAAGAACAUCAUCCAUCGAGACAUGAAGUCAAACAGUAUCUUUGACGUGUUUCUGCACUGCACUGGUGAAGAGGUGAAGCAUCGCUGCCACAGAAGCUCAGAUAUCGUCCUGCAUGAAGGGUUGACGGUGAAGAUCGGUGAUUUUGGUCUGGCCACAGUGAAAGCGCGGUGGAGCGGCUCUCAUCGAGUGGAGCAGCCAUCCGGCUCUGUUCUGUGGAUGGCUCCUGAGGUCAUCCGGAUGCAGGACAGUAAUCCGCACAGUUUUCAGUCGGAUGUGUACUCGUACGGGAUCGUCCUGUACGAGCUGAUGACGGGAGAACUGCCUUACUCUGGGAUUGGAAAUAGAGAUCAGAUCAUCUUCAUGGUGGGGAGAGGCUAUCUGACCCCUGACCUCAGUAAACUCUACAAGAGCUGUCCCAAAGCCAUGAAGAGACUGGUGGCCGACUGCAUGCAGAAGUCCAGAGACGACCGGCCGCUGUUUCCACAGGUCCUGUCCUCGAUCGAGCUGCUCCAGCACUCGCUGCCUAAGAUCAACCGCAGCGCGUCCGAGCCGUCGCUCCACAGAGCCUCGCACACCGAGGACAUCAGCGUCUGCACACUGCCGCUCUCCGCUCUCUUCAAGUGAAGCGUUGUGCUUCUCUGUGUGUGAUCCAAGCUUUCUCAUCCUCCUCACAAUCAUGUGCCUGCAAGCAGAGGCUCCGGUGAAUAUUCCCUAAGUGCCACUGACAGCCACGGAGUCGCUCGAAACGCCUCCUAGCUCUUCACCGGCGUGUGGCUAGCUGUCUCUUUGACUGUGAGUGUGUUACAGGAAUCCAGGAAAGAAGAGCGGGUAUUCACUUUAAUAUGAGACUUAUUAGGGAUUCUUAUUUUUUCCGGCUUUUAGUGCUUGUCAUGGAAGAGUAACUUGUAAACUUGACAGAUUGUAUAUUCAUUGUAUUUUAAUAAAAUUAAGUUAAAUACACCACACAAGCUCGGUUUUUAAGAUAAUUUGUGCUUGACGUUUUAACUUUAAAGCAGCAGCAAUAUUAUACAAGAUGACCGCGUUUAAUGAUUAGUGAGUGCAUGUUCACUAAAUUGUCAUUUUUGGGUGAACUAUCUCUCUCAGAUCAUCUGAGAUUAGGUUGAGUUUGUUUCUUCAUCAGGUUUGUAGAAAUGUAGGACUGCAU